AAAAUUGGGGCUAUUCUAAAAUUAGGCACCCCAAAUCAGUAACCACUCCUGAGAACAGUACGGAGGCCAAAGAAUUCUCGUUUCAUCCUCUGACCCCCUUAUACCCAUGCUAAUAGGAAACUUCCUGAAAGUGAGAUGUUAGAGUGGGAGUUGGGCUGUGGCAGGCAUUUAAAUCAGAGGGGCAAUGGAGAACUGCCAGCUGAAGAGAGCAGUGGACAGCGGGCACAUCAAGGUGUGGGGGAGGCUGGGAGUGACUAUUGACUAACUCAGUUUAACAAAUGUAAGUUCUUAAUUUCAGUCUCUAAAGUGCCAACUUCAGGCUGCCCUAGAUUUGCUCAAACUGGCCCCAGCGCUUCCUGUUAUCCUUUUCUUUAAGCACGUAAUACCCCAUGGAAAGCAAAGAGACUGAAGCUACAUGCCACCUCGGAGGUGGCAAAAAGUUGUCUCCAAAGCCAAUGACUGUAAGCAGCUCAGAUGUGCCCCAGAAGAACAUGAGAAAACAUAUGAGUAGUUCCUGCAUUUCAGUGUUUUCCUGCAAGGGGCCGUCUUCUCCAACAAUCAAGAAUAUCCUAAGCAAAACCAAAGCAGGAUCAGAAUCUAAGGAUGAGGAAGAUGGUUCAGAAAUGGACACCAAACGUGCCUCUGUUUCUCAGCUGCCAAGGAAAAUGUGGUGCAUUGAUGACUUUGAAAUUGGGCGGCCACUUGGGAAAGGUCGAUUUGGAACCGUUUAUUUGGCUCGUGAACAAAAUACCCACUUCAUCCUAGCCCUAAAAGUCAUCUUCAAGUCUGCCCUGGAGAAAUCACAACUGGAGCACCAGCUCCGAAGAGAAAUAGAAAUUUUGAGUCAUCUCAGGCAUCCAAAUAUUUUGAGAUUUUAUAACUACUUUCAUGACAGAACACGGAUCUACCUGAUGUUGGAAUAUGCUCCAGGAGGGGAGCUGUACAAAGAAUUGCAAAAACAUGAGCGUUUUGAGGAGACAAGAACUGCCACGUAUGUAGAAGAAAUAUCUGAUGCUCUGAUAUACUGCCAUGCUCAGAAAGUGAUCCACCGAGAUAUCAAGCCUGAAAACCUCCUGCUAGGACUUAAAGGGGAACUGAAGUUAGCGGACUUUGGCUGGUCCGUGCAUGCUCCAUCACUCAGGAGGACAACAUUUUGUGGCACAACAGAUUACCUUGCCCCAGAAAUGAUUGAUGGGAGAACCCAUGAUGAAAAUGUUGAUGUCUGGUGUGUUGGUGUUCUAUGUUUUGAGUGUCUUGUGGGGUAUGCACCAUUUGAAGCACCCACCCGCAAUGAAACAUACAAAAGAAUUGCAGAGGUUAAAUUCGCAUUUCCCACAUGGGUGCCUGAUGGUGCCAAGGACCUUAUUUCAAAAACACUUAAGCGCACUCCUUCUUUGAGGCUCUCUCUCAAAGAAAUAAUAAAACAUCCAUGGGUUAAGAAGAAUUCAAGGAGGAUUUUCCCACCAGUUUAUAAAGCAGCUGAAGAAACUCUCACUCUGGAAUAUUGACUACUUGUGCUUUUUUGGAGAUGGCUGGAUUUUUUUUUUUUUAAAUCUGAUUAGGAUUCAGUUUACCGGAAUGAACAGGAGGGGGAAGUAUUAGACACUAAAGGAGAACACUUCCAGUGACUCUAGAAAGAGAAAACAGUAGUGUAGGUCUUAAGGAUGGGUGUUGAGAGGUGGUGGGAAAAUAGCUUCAGCCCUAAAUGUAAUAUUUAAACGAAGAGGGGUUUAUUCACUUUUAGAAAUAAAGCAGGUGCUGCCA